CCUCCUCCUCCUCCUCUUCCUCCUCCUCCUCCUCCUCCCUGGGUGUGUCUGUGAGAGCUGCUGCUUCCUGGAGGUGAAGAGACGCUGAAGUGUUGGCAGAGAGGUUCUGAAGGUUCUCUGAGGAGGUUCUGGUUGCUCUCUGACAGAAGAUGAAGGUUCUGCUGCUGCUGGUUGGGAUCCUGCUGCACGUUUCCCAGCAUGCCCGAGCUGGAGUGGUUGAGGUCAAUGAGGGGGCGGAGUCUGUCCUCCUGCCCUGCAGUUACUCUGGUCAAAUACUGGAUGAGCCCUUUCUUAAAUGGAGUCGCAGUGAUCUCACUCCCAAAUAUGUCCACCUACAAAGAGAAGCGGAGGAGGAUCUGAAAGACCAGAACCAGCAAUUCAGAGGACGGACCUCAAUGAAUCUCGAUGCUUUUGAUACUGGAGACUUCAGCCUGACUCUGAGAAAACCUCUCAGGUCUGACAGUGGAAGCUACAUCUGCAGCAUCUUUAAUGGAAAAGAAGAAUUCAACCUGACAACCAUUAAUCUGAAGAUUAAAGAUGACCAGGAGGAGGUGAAGGUGACUGAAGGAGCAGAGUACGUCGUCCUGCCCUGCAGAACAUCACCUGACCUACAUGAGAAAACAUCAGUGGAGUGGACUCGGUCAGAACCAGCAGUAAAUGUGGUUCACAUGUAUCCAAGCACAGACCAGAAAAACCAGGACAGCCUUUACCGCGGGCGUACAAAGCUAAAUGAGGACCUGCUGAGAACUGGAGACGUGAGUCUGACCCUGAGGUUCCCCACAGACAGAGACAGUGGGACCUACAUCUGCACCGUCUACAGGGGCGAGGACAUCCUGAGAUGGAGGGUGGUUCUGAAACAUGUCAGUAAAGAAAUAUUUCCAUCCUGGGCCAUAGUUCUCCUGGUUUUCUUGGUUCUGUUUAUUGUCUCGGCAGGACUUUUGUACCAUUUUCGGCACAAUUUAAUUCGAGUCCCACAGGUGGUGGUGGACUCAGGGGAGAAGUCUGUCCUGCUGCCCUGGAGAACUGCAUUUUACCUGACUACAGAUACUAAAGUGGAGUGGAAGGACGAAGACAAGAGGACAGUCCAUGUGUAUCAGCCUGGUUCUGAUCAGCCUGAAGACCAGGACCCGUUCUACAAAGACAGAACCAGGAUGAAGAAAAACCCACUGAGAACUGGAGACCUCAGUCUGACCCUGGAACACCCCACAGAUGAAGACACUAACAUCUACACCUGCACCGUCUACUACAGGGAGGAAAAGCUCCUUAAGAAGAAACAUGUUAAUCUCCAGGUCAAAGUCCGAAAAGUGGUGGUGACUUCUGGGGAGAAGUCUGUCCUGCUGCCCUGCAGAACCAAAGUUCACCUGCCUGGAGAUGCUACUGUGGAGUGGAUGGACGCCAGAGACUGGAAGGUCUGUGUGUAUGAGCCUGGUUCUGAUCAGCCUAAAGAUCAGUACUGGUUCUACAGAGCCAGAACCAAGAUGAAUAAAGACCUAAUGAAGACUGGAGACCUCAGUCUGACCCUUGAACACCCCGUAGAUAAAGACACUAACAUCUACACCUGCACUGUCUACAAGGACGGAAAGAUCCUGAUGAAGAAACAAGUUAAGGUCAAGGUCAAAGUCCCACAGGUGGUGGUGGAUCCAGGCAAGGAGUCUCGCACACUGUCGUGCAAAACCACAGAUGAGCUGCCUGGAGGUGCUAAAGUGGAGUGGACGGACAACAGAGAUAAGAAGGUCCAUGUGUAUAAGGAUGGUUCAGAUCAGCCUGAAGAACAGGACCAGCUCUACAGCAACAGAACCCAGAUGGAUAAAGACCCACUGAGAACUAAAGACUUCAGUCUGACUCUGAAAUACCCCACAGAUGGAGACAGUAACAUCUACACCUGCACCGUCUACAACAAGGAGGAAAAGGUCCUGAUGAAGAAACAAGUUCAGAUGAAGGUCAAAGUGGACGAAGAGGCAGAAUUCACCUCUCCGACGGGGGUGUUGGCCAGAGCGGGCGUCAACGUUGGGAUCAAUUGUACCGCCGGUGUAGCAUCGCUAACAUUAGCUGAGCGGCUUGCUAAUGCUGAUUUGUGA